AUGGAUAAGAAAGAGCAUAAGUGCCGCAAUAAAGCUGUCUGCGAAAAAGCAUGCAUCCGAGAGCACAAUCGUUUGAUGGAAAUGAAUAAGGUGUACGAGCAGAUACGUACCAUACUGCAACUACACUCUAAGACUUCAAAAGCUAAGAUACUUGUUGAAGCAAUACAGUAUCUCAAGAUGCUUGAGCAUGUUUCGAAGACAACCGAUCGAGCCGAUGGUGACGACAAUAGCUCAGAUGGAAACGAACCGGUAAUGAAAACCGGCGAAACUGCCGAACAAUUGGAGCGGCAGUACACACUGAAUGUAAAUUUCCGUGCCAUUCUACCGGAAGAACUGCAAUCAAUGGAGCUAUCAGCCCUCGCAAAUGAAAUUCCAUACAUGAUGAAGCUGCUGACACUUAACCCGGCGAAGCCAACAGCAGCCGAAUUGGAAAAUGACUGCAAUGAGCCGGAAAAUGGAUCCAACGCAUCAUGCUUGCCUAUGGAGGUGGACGAUGAUGAACACAGUGAACAACCUACGACCGUAGAGGAAGUUAUCGAACAACCACCGGUAGAUAAGACAAACGUCUCAUUCACACAAAAUCCAUCUUGCUUUUCCGCUAAUUCCGAAAGGUUCCGAAUGGAAAAUCAACUUGAUCUCAAUUCUGAGAGUAUGGAGGUUGAGCCUUCAUCUGAACUGUCUGAAUGUUUGCGGAUGGCUAUAGACGACGAGGAUGUAGAAAUGCCUACCAUUACGGGUCUCGUGGACAGCAUUCAGUCCGAUCCUCCGAUAGAGGAUCCAUUCCUGUCGGUUCAAGAGCCGGAACCAAUGGAGGUGGAUUAUUCAGCAACCACUGAGCUGGAAAGAAAUUUGGGAGGCGUGGGUGUUGACUGGUUGGACUACAAUAUACUGAAUGACGACGCAUUCUUCAAUCACCAGAAUCGGUUGAUUUAUAUGGACACUGAUAUGGAAGAAUGGGAAGUAACGGAUGAAGACUCAGGAUUGGGUGAGCUCCACACUAGCCAUUGA